AUGACUAAAAUAACUCCACUGUCACCAAGAUGGCGUUACGCGAUUGAAAGACGCGUUGAGGAUGAACGACAACUCACUAUACGAGCUGUAGGAGACGGAGCCAGGCUCAAACCGGGACGUUUCUGGGACUUACCGGGCACAUUCUUAUUCGCUAUCUACGUCAUGACCGCCUUAGGUUUCGGUGCUCCGGUACCACAUACUCUAUUGGGACGGACAUCUGCAUUAUUAUACGCUAUUCUAGCAAUCCCAACUCAUAUAUAUCUAAUGGUGAACGCAAGCACGUGUAUGAUAGUUCACGUCGAAGCAUACACGAAACACUUGAAGGACAACUUUUGCGGAAAAUUUAGUGAACAUAAACACGACUUUAGAUGUUUCGGGAUAAUCGGAGCCGGUCGCUGCGUGCCUCUCGCCACAAUCGCGUAUUACAUAAUUGGCGUCGUAGCAUUCGGAAUACUACGGAAUAAGACGCCUUUGGAAACCGCUAUGUUUCCAUUAGAAUUUACUACCACUGGAGGAUUGGAACACGUAGAAGGCUACGUGCGUAUUUUCUACGGUUUUUACGUGGAAGGUGCAAUGUGUCUACUGGCAUGUGUUCUUGCAAUAGUGCGCCGACAUGGAAGUUCAAUUUUUUCAAGCAUAUCAGAACCUUGCAGACUGUUUGAAACAGAUGCAUGUGAACUAUGCUCUAGCGAUAAAGAGAGAAUUUAA